GAGAACGCCAGUGGCCGCCCGAGUCCAAGAAGGCCAGGCCGCCGAGCUGGGGUGCCUGCCGCCCGAGGGGAAACCCCUGCCUAAAGUAUUCUGGAUGAAAGAUGGCAACGGACAUCAUCACUGCAGUGGACGUGAACUACAUCAUCACCAGCGAGGGUCACCUCAUCAUCAACCAAGCCAGGAAGAGCGACUCCGGCAACUACACGUGCGGGGCUGAGAACAUCGCCACGCGCAGGCUGAGUAAUCCAGCCACGCUCACUGUCUUUGUGAACGGUGCCUGGUCCUCCUGGUCUGACUGGUCUGAGUGUUCCACCACCUGCGGUAAAGGCCGACAGAAGCGUGUCCGCUCCUGCUCUGACCCCGUCCCCUAUAACGGCGGCCUGCCGUGCGAGGGUGAGCAGCAGCAGUCCGUCAUAUGCAGUCCCACGUGCACGGUUACAGACAAACGGCCAAUAAUCACGACCUUGACACCGGUGGUCGAGUCAGAAAAAUCUGACCCAUCCUCCACCGAAACUUCCAUCAAUGAAGAACCCCACACCGAACCAGGUGGCUUUUCCAGCAGGGAUCAAGCUACCGCAGCAGCCGAGAAAGACAACAACGUCUCCCUUUACAUCGGCGUCUGCGUCUCCGUGGCUGUCGUCCUCAUCAUCGUCAUCAUCGUCGUCAUCAUCUGCCGCAAGCACAACAGACGGAGGAACGCCUUCAGAGACAUGGGACCAGACGCCACACAGUCGCUUACAGAAGACGAGAAGAAACACAAAAACAGUGACAUGUUGUCAGUACCACCAGACCUGACCCAGACGGUCGUCGUGACGGUCCAGCACAACAACCACCACCACCACAACCACAGCAACCAGACCUACAACCACAGCCAGAGCUCCAACGACUCGCCCAACAACAACCACGUCAACUCCAUGGACAAGAUCCCCUACGGCGGCGGGGUCAGCCCCGAGUUCCUACACGACAGCUCGCCCUCCUACAGUGUGCCGGAACUGCCCAACAUCUACCCCCAGUCCGGCAUGGACGUGGGUCAGUACAGCGUGCCGGACACCCAGUACUUGGCCAACAACCGACCCUACUCACCCAUCAGCCAACCCAUGUACCAACCCCAGAGCCCACAAUCUUACUCAUCCGGGCCCACCCCUUACUCCUCAACAGCCACGCAACAGUUUUUCCCCGAUAAAUCCGUAGCCAUGGUUCCACCAGGGAUCCCCCAAAGACACUCAGGGAACCUCAGCCAAGGUCCCAGCAACAAGACGGUGAUGGUGGAGCCGACCAUCAACCACAAUUUGAACACCACCGUGGAGAAGAUGAAAGACAAUAAGAGCGGGCUGCCACCCCCUCCCCCCUCCUCGUGUGACAGCCGACCCCUGUCCCAGUGUGACAGCCUGCAGGACAGCAGACAGUCGGUCAUCUCGGUACAGUUGCCUGGCAACGUCGACACGGAGGCGGUCACGUGGAGCACGUUUACUCACACGGGAGGGAGGUUGAUCUUACCUGAGUCAGGUGUAAUGCUAACAGUUCCUGAAGGCGCCAUUAAGAAAGGCCACGUGGAGGAGCUGUACAUGGCAGUGUGCCGGGAUGAUAAGGACAGGCCCAGAUUGACAGAGCAUCAGACAAUACUAAGUCCAGUAAUUCUGGUGGGGCCGCCCAGUGUCCAGCUACAGAAGCCAGUCAUCCUGUCCUUCCAGCACUGCGCCAACAUGCGCCAGGGUGGGUGGGUGCUGUCGGUGUACAAGAGUGAGUCUCCGAUAGACGAGCCACCGUACUGGAGACGGGUCGUCGUGUUAGGCCAUGAAAAUAUUAACUCACCUAUCUACACACAGCUAGACCCCAACCAGUGUCACGUCAUGACCGAGUUCCUCAACCGCUACACACUCAUCGGAGAAUCAGUGCCUGGUGGCCGUGCCCUCAAAAUCUACAGGCUGGCAGCGUUCGCCCCUGCCAUGCCCCCAUCCAUGGAUUACAGCAUCCGUGUGUAUGUGGUUGAAGACACCAUUGAUGCUUUAGAUGGUGUUAUUCAAGUUGAAAGAAAACUAGGUGGGAAACUUCUAGACAAACCCAAACAAAUUCCAUUCCAAGAUGGCGGUAAUAACUUGUGCCUGACAAUAGAGGAACUCUCCACUGGUUGGAGGAGCAAAUUAGCUGCCAACUAUCAGGAGAUUCCUUUCCGCCAUAUUUGGAGUGGGAAUCAGAACAACCUGCACUGUUCUUUUAGUCUGGAACUCCUAGACCGGUCAGUGGCCAAAAUUGCCUGCAAGAUCCAAGUUUAUCAGAAAGCCAUCCUCAGCAAUAGACAAACUCUACUCAUCAACUGCAAUCUUAAGGAGGGUACACCAAGCUGCCCAGGAUCAAACAACACGUUGAAGCAAAGGUCGUCCACAGUGAAUACAGCUGCCUCUUCUGUCAGUUCAGGGUUUCAUUCAAUGGUCACACUAGACCCAUCCGCGCAGGUCUUUAGGUUACCUUCCCAUAUAAAAGCCCAGCUGUGUAUGUUACUGGAUCCACCAAAUGCCAGGGGAAAUGAUUGGAGAAUGUUAGCCCAGGCACUCACAGUAGACAGAUAUAUCAAUUUCUUCGCAACCAAAUCCUCCCCCACGGAGCACAUCCUGGACCUAUGGGAGGCGAGACACAGAGAGGACACCGCAGUCACCGACCUGAUGAACAUCCUGAGGGUCAUGGGUCGUAUGGACGCAGCAGCUGUAUUAGAGAAAGACAACGGAAGCUGGUUGUGAUUUUAGUGUGAGCUUCGAAAAGUUUAAAAGACAAAACAUUCUGUUUGUAGUGAUUCUUUUAUUAAUCUAUUCUUCACUUGGAUAUUAAACGUCUAUGCUUACGUCACUGCAAGCGUGUCGCUUUCAAGGAUGAAAUGAGCGGAUUCAUUCUUACUGUUUUAAUACCAGUGAUUCACUUCAAAAACUCUAAUCAAAAGAACUUCACAUUAAGCAACUAAACACACGCCUAAUCACAUGACCUGCUAUACUGUUGAAGAAAUCUGGAACUCCGCAUCCAAGUGUGAAUUUUUUUUUUUAAAUUAUGGAAUUUUAAGUCAUGGCGCAUCUUGAGUCUGUCAGUGCUUGCAAAUUCUUCAGCGGCUAAUAUGCUUUGUAGUUUUCAAGCAACUGAUAGGAUGUGUAGUUUUCAAGCAAAUGUUGUCUUAGCAUCAAAGAUGGUGUGCUGCACUAGCUGGCCUCUGAAUUGGCCUUGUACAUAAAAAAAAAAAACUUUGAAACCAAAGAAGCUGGAAGCUCUGAAGACAUUUUCCAGAGUGGUGUCUGUGUCGUCUUCAGGAUUCCGAAGUCCUGACUAAAAGAAACUCUAUUAGAGAAAAAAAAAGGCAUUACCUUAUGCUGUGUUGACAGUGAAAGAACAUGUCUUAUUCGAAGACAGAAACAAUUCUAUAAUUUGACAUUAAUUAUGAUCAGCUUCAUGAUUUCUGCAAGUUCUGGACUAAACAAAAAUAUGCCUUGAACUGAAUAGACAAUUUGUGCAUUACAAGAUGUGUGUUUAACUCUAGUGUAUGGAGAGAAUUUUCGUAGUUCUGAUUCUAGUACCAACUUAGGAGACCGUUGUUUGUUUUCUAAUUAGUCCUUGCUUGUAGCUCAUUUAAUGUUAAUUAAUUAUCAUGAUAUAAUCCAUUGUUCAGCUUUUGCAUUUAUCAGCUGCGGAACAGUAUGUAGACAUGAUAAAUUGAGAGGGUGUGAGUGCUGAUUAUACCGGUCACAUGACCAUAGGAUAAUGAGGGUAAAGCUAAUGACUCAGUGGCUGACCUGUCCAUGUGUUAAUGAGGUUAAGUUGACCUGACUGUCCUUGGGUUAAUCAUUUUGUGGUGACCUUAACUAACCCGUGUCACUGGGUUGUUUUAUUAAUAUUCUCAGACAAAUAGUGAGUUGGAAAAGCUCUGAGUAAAAAUAGUUACUGCAAGUUACGCAGGCAGGAUAAUUCUUGUUCAUCUCUACAUAAAAAAAGUAAUACCGUAAAGAAUUUUUUCAUUAUCAGUCUAAUUAACCCUUCUAGAAAUAUC